AUGUUUAAGGACAGCUCGGCAGACUGCCUCCAAACAUCUGAACGCAGGGAGGACAGCUCGGCAGACUGCCUCCAAACAUCUGAACGCAGGGAGAUGUAUGAGACUACUAUAACAGAAUAUCUUGACAAAACGCUCAGCAAAAGUUGGUCUAUCCUUGGUAUAUUAGAAUUUUCACAAUCCAAAUUAUCCUUGGAUACCUUGGAACAUUUCAAAGAGGAUUUAUACGCAAUAUUACAAGGAUAUAAAGAUAAAUGCAAUGUUCACACCUACGCAAAAAACAAAGUAAAGAAGUUAUUAGCUAAUUAUGACAAAUGCUUCUCCUCUGCCGAAGUGAGGCGGUUCAUCAACGAUCUUGAAUAUCGUACGGAAAGGAGAAUAAAUGUCACUUCCGGCUACACAGCCGAAAUUUUAAAGGAUCAACAUGAGAAUCGGAAACUCAUCAAUCAAUUACGAGAGAGGAUUACAGAGGCAGAAAAUGAUCGUCCGAUUGAAGAACCUCAAGAACAAAAUGAUGAUGAGUCUUCUAGAGAAGAAAUAGCAGAUAAAGUCGAGAACAUUUCAGAAACUAUGCAAACUUCGAGUCAUCAGCAUAACAUUAAUUUUAAUGAACAAGCUAACGAUCGAGAGGUGGAUGAUGCAGUAAUCGAUAAGAUUAUUGUGAGCAAGAUAUCAUGCUUGCUUUUAGAAUCGAAAUUUACUCUUGAAGAGAUAUGGAAAAAAGUGAUGGAACGUUUGAAAGAAGAAAACUUGAGAGUGCAAUCAAUCGAAUCACGAAUUAUCGAUCUCUCCGACUGGACCAAGGUUGAAUGGAAUAGAAUUCUUAAAACAUCUGAUUAUGUACAAUUAUUUAACAGAUCAAGAAAGAAGCUCCAUAAAGAUAAAAUCGAUAAAGAUGUGUAUGAAUUGCUAAGUGAUGAACUUUGUCAAAUACGAUCCUUAAAUGACUUGGAACAAUGGAAGGCUAAGUUUUCCAACAUAAAAUCUAUAGACGCAAAACUAACUGUCGAAAUAAUCGAUUUUCUAGAAAUCAAUAUCCUCGUCAUGCAACAUCGAGAACGGGACUUUAUCGUUAAGAUUCUUGGCCAGAUAAUUGGCACUCUCCUAGAAGAAUUUGAUAUCGGUAUUUUUGAGCUUAACUGGAUCGAGAAGGAGUCUUGUAGUGUCACCAAUCGAAAACGAAAGGAUGUGCACGAAGAAUACAUGACACUCACUCCCAAUAUGAAAAAAAUUGAUCUAAUCGUCUCAUUGCGAAGUCAUAAAAUUGAACUCCUACCACUUGAAGUGGGAAAUACCUCAGGACCAAUGGAUGGCACAAAAUAUCGAAAAGACCACUCAAAAUUAAAGGUGGUGAUGAAAGAUUGCUUAGAUGCUUUGCGGGGAAAAUUACAUUUCAAGAAAGUAGAACUAGAAGAGGUUUUCGCUCUUGGCAUCCAAAUUACUGAUAUGGAAGACCUUCUGCCAGAUUUCCUGAAGAAUCUUUUAGCAUUACGACACACAUUAAUAGAUCUGGUUAAGAAAAUACGAACAAUCGCUCAAAAACGACUAAAUACGCCAUCUCCACCAUCAUCGCCUCUACACAAUAGAUUGACUGCAGAAGCUGGAGGUGCAAGAAUUUGGUUAAAAAGAGUAGAUUUAAAUCAUACUGGAUCUCAUAAAAUUAAUGUGUUAGGACAAGUAUUGUUGGUAAAACGUCUUGGUAAAAAAAUUACUGCCAAGGAAUACUUGUAG